CCAACAGGGUUUUUCAUCUCCUACGAGCCUAGGAUCACAAGAACCUGAAGACCUUCGUUUAUGAUUAUGGCGCAGUUCACAGUUCAAGAGGGUCUGAAGCUGUUCUUCCAUGGGAACAGAGUGUCAUUUCGUUUAGAAGCUAAAGACCCUUUUCAUUAUAAACUUGGUGAUUUGUCAAGAUUCGGGGAAAGCUACCCAACUCAACUUCUCAACAACAAUGUCAGGUUAUGUGGCUUUACCCGUGUUUUUAGUUCUAGAGAUAGGAAAUUGAUCACGGUUAAUGUAGAAGAGCAUGACGUUGUUUACUAUGAAGAUGGUGAGUAUGAAAAGGAUGAGUUGGAUUGCUUCCGAGGUUUGGUCUUGGACACCUCUUACAGGCCUAUCAAUGUUGUCUGCUGGAGGCGUGCUAUCUGUUUGGAGUUCAGGGAGAAGGCUGAUGUUCUAGAAUAUUAUGAUCAGACUGUAAACUCUUCCAGUGGAUCCUUCUACAUACCAGCUGUCUUAAGGGUUCCCCAUUUACUGCAGGUUGUUAAGAGAAGAAGAAUCAAACAAAACCUUAGUCGAAAAAGUAUAUUUGAUCGGGAUAUGUUCACUUGUCAGUAUUGUUCUUCAAGACAGAGUUUGACUAUUGACCAUGUUCUGCCAAUAUCUCGGGGUGGAGAAUGGAAAUGGGAAAAUCUGGUUACAGCCUGUGCAAAAUGCAAUUCAAGAAAGGGUCAGAUGACUUUGAUGGAAGCAAAUAUGAAGCUGAACAAGGUCCCCAAGCCCCCAAAAGAAUAUGACAUGCUAGCCAUCCCUUUAACAUUUGCUGCUUUGAAGAUGCUGAGGAUGCGAGAUGGCACACCAGAUGAGUGGCGUCAAUACCUGGCGAAGCCAUUUUCAGAGCCAUGACGUCAAUGGUACGUGGCUGUAAUGUGCAUACCUAUAUUCUGUACAUAAUUGAUGCUAUGCCUUACCAUAGUGCCUGGAAAAGUUUACUAAGCGCAUACGUUUUCCAGUAAGUUUCCCCACUGCAUAUAAAGUUCAUGUAUAGUUACAAAACCGCAGAAUGUUAUACUGUGAUCCCCAUUAAACCUUUGCUUUGUACCCACAAAUUAUUUCACAAUUGGAAUAGAACUAUCGGUACGUCACCGUCAUGUAAAAGUUUCACAUUUUGAUUCCCACCAAGGCCUUUAACGAAUCAAAUUUGUUCAGACUUAUGCAGGUUCUUGUUUUGGGUUUCUUAAAUUGGGAUCAGAUUAGAGCAUUUUUCCAUAUUAAUCAUAUAGUGAAGUGGUUGAAGUUAUUGACUG